UAAACUGUAACAAAGGGUCCGCGCGCUAUAUAAACUCCCCGGUGGAUCAUCUUCUCAGUUCGCUCCGCGUCUUCGGUCCCACAGCAAUAUGAAUAGCCACCAGUUAGCCAAGCUGGUCCUGGUGCUGUCGUGCAUCGGCAGCGACGUCCUGGCAGGUCUGCUGCCGGGAGGAGGAGGAGGAGGCGGUACGGGUGUGAGUGGAUAUCAGUACGGCCGACCGGGCGGUGGCGGAUUCGGCGGCGGCGGGGGUGGUGGAUUCGGGGGUGAUACUGGUUUCGGCGUCGGUGGCUAUAGAGGAAGACCCACUCAGGCUUAUGGUGCACCUGGCGGCGGCGACGUUUUUGGCAGACCGGGCACAGGCAGUGCGUUCGGAGGACAGCCGUCCCAUCACAGAUAUCCGCAGUUCGGCGACGGUGGCAGCGGCGGAUACCAAGACGGCGGUGCCGGCGGUUAUCAGGGAGGAGGAGGAGGAUUCGGAGGUGGAGGCCACGGCGGUGGAUACGGCGGAGGAUACGGCGGGCGCGACGGCGGAAGGCCGCGACCAUACAGCUUCCACUACGAGGUAGUUGAUCCUCCGAGCGGCAACGAUUAUUCUCAACAUGAGAGUAGCGACGGUAACGUCGUCCAAGGAGAAUACAGAGUUCUGUUGCCGGACUCGAGGACGCAGAUUGUCCGUUACAUGGCCGAUGAUGUAAACGGUUACAACGCAGACGUUCAGUAUGAAGGACAGGCUCAAUAUUCCCGCGGAGGUGGUCAGGGAGGAUAUCCAGGGAGCGGUUAUCCAGGUGGCGGCGGUUAUCAAGGAGGUAGAGGCGGCGGCGGUUACGGCGGACACGGGGGUGGCUUUGGCGGACCAGGGGGCAGUUACGGUGGAGGCGGCUUCGGUGGCGACGGCGCCAGCAAUCAGUAUUUGCCGUCGCGUUUCCGCAAAUAACUGUUCACCAAUAUGAGCUAUCUUACCAAAAUACAGCAUAUAUCGCGUGUUUUCAGUGGUAACCAUCACGGACCUCUCUCGUUUACGGACUCUUAUCCGGGAUACGAUAAUCUUCUCCCUCUUCUGUCUUUCCUCGUAUAUAAAAUCUUGUCCCAGUCACUUGCGCGUCCACAGAUCACCCAUAUUUAACGAUUACACGACGAUUAGAAUAACUAUAUAUAUGCAUGAGUGUAUGUAUUUAUAUAUACCAUAUGAUAUACUUAUAUACAUAAUUUUGUACAUGGUAACUGUGUAUCGAACAUACGCUUGUACUUUCCGCUAAGCGAUUAUAAAUCUCUUACGUUUACAUAUCUAUAUUUAUAUGAGCUUGUAGCGAAACAUAAAUGAAAUACUCUUUCGACU